AUGAAACAACCUGGACAUCAAAACGGCUUCGACCUUCUCCGUGUGAAAAGAGGCUUCGGCUCAGCAAUGGACGAACGCUUACAAGCUGAAGUUAUUGCUGAAUCAUCAGAAAGAGUUUUGUUGGUGAUCGCCUGUAUGCUGGCGGUGGGAAUGGCAGCUCCCAAUCCUGCUCUACUCUUCAGCGCUCCAUACACGGCUUAUGCUGCUCCUCUAGCAUCUCCGUUUACAUCCUUCGCGUACUCAGCGUACACGGCACCUGUGUCCUUCUCCGCGUACAAUUAUGCUUACCCCUCGCCAUAUACUGCACUAUAUUAUAAAUAA